GCGUAAAAGGCAGUAUUUAUGCAUUUAUGCAAUGCACAGCUGAAUUUAAAGGACAAUCAAUUAACAAAUUUACAUACAGACACACUAUAUUUUUUGAACAUGCAUUGAUUAUUGAUAAAUAUACACUUAAUAUAUACUUGUAUAAAUACUGCUUUUCUUGAAAAUUAUGGAUCCGACAUCGUUGAACUUACAUCGGCGAAGGGAGCUUUUGAAGGUGUUGAACAAAUUAAAGAACAAUAUACGGCGAACCCAAACCCUUCUCUUUAAGGCUGACGAGAUUCUCAAUGGGCUGGAAGUUGAAGUAAUAGAUUUUCAGGCCGAAUCUGAUAGCUACGUGGGAGAAAAUGAGACAUUGAUGCGAGUAGAACAUGAACGUGAGGAAAUUGUGGUGGGGGCGGCUGCAGGGGAUAGUUCAUCCGCAUUGAAGUUGGGUGACCGAGUAGUGUGGCUUAUCAGAAAUGACGAGCCAGUGGUGGGGACAGUAUUAUGGAUGGGCAUGAUGUCGGAUGGGUUGGUUGCUGGCGUCGAAUUUGACGAUGCUAUCGGAAACACUGAUGGAAACUUGGAUGGGAAGGAAAUAUUUAAAUGCCAACCCAAACACGGACGAUUUGUUUUAGUAAGAGAAUUAAUUUUAUGGAAAGAUUUUACGGGUGAUAGGUAUUGAAUACACAAAGUUCUUUCUAAUAUGGCGUACCCAUUGUUAACACUAAAUACACAAAUAUGCUAUGCAAACAUUUCUAAUGUACAUUAAAUUAAAGAAGGUUGAGUUGUUUUACCUAAAAUAUAAGUUGUUUACCGAGUACAAUUCCAUUAAAGAGUUUCCUUUAUCAAAAUGC